UUAAUUUCCAGUGACAGAUAACCUAGUUAAAUUUAAUGGAUAGUUUAUGGGCAAUAAUCGUGGUAUUAUAUUUAGCUGUAUCAAAGUGCUUAAGCAAUGUUGAACAAAUAGACUGUACGGAGUCAGCCAGGAAACCUAGCGAUGAAACGUUAAAUCAAAUGUACACUGAUUGGUUAGGACUGGACAAUAAUAUUCAUUCUUCUUUUGACUUGAUACCAUCCAUGUAUAAAAUGCGCUACAAAGACAACAUUCUUGAGGCUCAACCCACGGUAAGGCGGCAGAGGAUUAAUUGGCAUGAUGGGAGUGCGAAGUGUCAUAAAAUAUUGAAAAGGAGAGGUGAAAAUCUAAUGGACAUUUCUUUGUGCCCUUGGUAUAUAGAAAUGACCAUGGAUAAAAACAGGUAUCCUGAGAAUAUGGCAAAUGCACGGUGUAAAUGUAAACAUUGUUAUGAUUUUGAUGGUGUUAUGCCUGCUAAAUCAAAACGAAUUGGGAAACCUCGAUGCAUUGAAAUAAAACAAAGAUAUAAAGUUCUUAGAGUGGAAAAGAAUGGAAAGGGUGCUCGAGUUUGUCAACGUAAUGAUAAUAGUACAUUUUUAUACAAAACGUCAUAUGAAGAAGUUACGAUAGGUUGUACGUGUGCUCUACAAUUUGACAAAAUAGUAGAAGGCAUUUCUAUCAGAACUCGAAGUUAGAAAAGUCAGACUUUUGUAGGAAUGUACGUGUUGUUGAAAUGCACUCAGCACUAGGUGUACUGUGUGUUGCUUUUAGAAGCAACCCGUAUAGAGUUAACAAAACUAGGAGCGAGACUUUGAUAAGUAUUCAGAUAAAGGUUCUUUAAUAUGAUGUAUUGAAUAGUAACAUAUAGAAAUUACAAGACGAGUUUGAGAAUGUAAAAUUUGGCAAUGCUGAGUGCCUGUGGUUGUAUACUGUUCAUAAAUGUUAGUUUAACAUUUCGCACUGUGUUUCCUGAAUAAAAGAGGUGAAUGUAUUGUCUAGGCAUUUGUAUG